AUGGGCCGAAGCCGACAAUUUUUGAGACAUGCAAGAAUCCAGAUGGUGCGCACUGGAAACGGAAAAUCGAGGAAGCCCAGGCGGUAUCUGGGCAAUUUGAGUUGAUACACGAAAACCUCGUUCCAAUCCUGCAUGGCAUCACCACCUUGCAGUGCAUUGGAGGCUAUGAUCUAAUCUAUCUGAAGCCUACAUGGAUUCCAAGUAUCGUUGCGAAACUUCCUGAUCUAGAAAGAUUUCUUCAUAGAACGGACGACGAAUAUUCUUUUGGCCGGCGUAGACGAAUUGCGCAAAGACAAUGUAUGUGAUCCGUGCACUUUCUCUGAUUCUAGUUCUGAUGACACUAGGCUUGUUGGAAUCAAUACGUAAUCUCCCAGGGAACCAUCUACGCGAAAUCCGAUUGAACAUCCAAAGCAGUUCGAUGAGGAACGAGAAUUUGCCAGCCCAUAAGCUUGUCGACAACGGCAAAUGGAGCCAGGAGUCGUGGUUCUGCAUGCUCAACCACCUUGCCUCUCUCCCGAAUCUGGUUGUUCUCGAACUGCUAGGUGGACUCGUGAUAUGUCCUGAGUUUUUCCGGGGCAUUGUUGAUUAUCCUGGCACGCCAUUUCCUUCACUCGUUGAGUUUGAACUGCAAUUUGCACCUGAGACAGCUGAUGGGAAAUGGUUCUACGAACGUGACGACGAUGCCCUAGAAAGAUCUCGGAACGACCCCAAGUACGACGAGUUUUGGGAAGAAGAAGAUGAGAACGAAGAGGACGUAGAAGGCGACGCAUGGAGCAUAUACUCUAACGAGGAAUAUAACUCUGACGAAUAUGUGAGCGUCUUUGAAGACGGUCCUUUCUGCAGAAAACUUAUUUCUCGGAAUCGGUUCCGAUCGCUGCCUAGCACGAUCACUUUCUUGCCGUUCUUGAUGGAUUCUUCGAAAGCUGCCUCGCGCAUCCCCACGCUACAAAAGUUCAUCUUGAAGCUGGGUGAAGACUCCACAAGGCGCGGAGAUUUGAAUUACUUCCCUGUUGUGUCCCGCGUGUUUGAGCUCUGGUAUCUCAAAGCUGGAAUGCAUCGAACGCCGCUGAACACGCCUAUGCCCAACCCGUACGUUCCUAGGGACGCAGCUUAUCUGAAUCAGAACAGAAUUUAUUGGCGUAUCGAUGGUACCAAGCCUUGGGACGAUGUACAAGCUGCAUGGGGCGCUAUUGCUGGACCGGACGCGAAGAUCGUGUUUCUUGAGGAAGACCAGUGGACAAAGCAUGUAAACAAUUCCUACGUUUAUAUUUACAAGGGAGAAUUUUGAAGCUGGAAAAUCCGUCGUGUGUUUGUUUUCUCUUUUAUGCAAAAAGCAUUCAUAGCCACAUUGCUGUCUGUAUACAUUCUCAUCUUGAUGAAUGGUGGUAGGCCACUUUUUUCAACAGCCAAAGAACAAUCAGGUAAUGCUUUGGGUCUAUGUCUUGGUAUUGCAGUUGUUUGGUUGUCAUUUAUAAGCAUCAUCGUGUCAAAUGCUGUAUAUGCACAACGUGUUUCGACAGUUGGAAUGUGAUGUUUUUCAUCAGUCAUCGUUAGAAAUUCUUGCGGCGCUGGGCGAUCAGAUUCACUAACUCUCCCUGGUGAUAACACACACGAAGUACGCCCG